ACUUCCAUAAUUUCAAUUUGCGCCGCACUUAUUUUCAAAGUAAAAAGACUCCCUAAUUUUCCAACAUCUUCCCUCAAAUUUCUCCUUCCCGUGACACCCCAAUUGCAAUUUCCCUGUUCCCUAUCGUUUAUAUAUGUCAUCUUCAUUUUCUCAUUUCUUCAAUCUCAAACCCAUAUACACAUAUAUAUAAAUUAACCAGUACAAAAAAAUGGGUAAUUGCUCUCUAAAAAGCUCAACAUCAUCAUGUAAUAGAACACGCACCUCUAUUCAAAUCAUGACGGAUUCGGGUCGAGUUAUCGAGAUCAAAGGCCCUAAGCUAGCACAAGAAGUUCUCGAUGAUUUCCCGGGUUAUGGAAUUUACCAGAAGGGUCACCUCUCAUUGCCAUUAUUUGAAGAUGAGCUUCUUAUGAAUGGUCAAGUUUACUAUCUAAUGCCAUUUGGGGUUUCUAGCAGUAAGAGUUUGAGUUUCGGCACACCGGUAUCGGCUAAUGGGUCAUUGAGCUUUAGGAAGGAUCAAAGCUCUGUUUUUGAGGUUUUACCGUCUAGGGGAAAUGGUGUUUGGAGGGUGAAAAUGGCGAUUGAUGGUAAAGAAUUGGAGGAAAUGUUAUCUGAAAAUGCUGAGGCUUUAAUUCAGAUGAUGAGAUCGGCUGCAAAGUCAUCGGAGAAAUCGCCCGAAAGGAGUUUUAGGUGGAGAUCAAUGGCUUUGAUUACUAGUGGUUUCAAAAGUCCGGUAACUCCUGGGAGACUAACUGCUUGUUAAUGCUCUGUUUUUAAUCUAUUAGUGGUCACUAUGUUAUUCCUGGGACUCCAAUCAUUAGCUUAACCUUUUAGUUGCGUUGCUCUUUCAGUAUGGUAUCGGAGCCAGCAUGACAUAAAGGUCAAGGGUUCAAAUCUCAUCUACCUUCUUCUUACGCUCUCGCGUAAAGGGGUGUGAUAGAGUUUUAUAAUAUUCUUGGAACUCCAACCAUUAGUUUAAGGUUUUGGUUGAGUGGGUCCCUUGACAUGUUUAUUUUCCUAGAACUCCAACCAUUAGCUUAAGUUUUUGGUUGAGAUGGUCCUUUCACAUGUUUAUUUUGUGGUGUAACUUGUAAAAUUUUGUGGUGUAAUUUGUAGUAGUAUCUUGCAUGAGGGUGUAUUCUUGUAUCUUGUAUGUAAAUUAUGAUGAUUUACAGAUUAGAUGCAUGCUAUUUGUACCCCAAAUUUGUCUUAAGAAUACAAGUAUUUCAUAACUUCAUGUGAUUGAUUGUUGCCUAACUUAGCUUA